AUGAUUUAUUUUUCAUUUUUAAAGAAAAAUCAAAAUCCCCUGUGUUUAUGUUCAUCAAAAUUUGGAAUGUUUUAUUCAGCACCAAUAACCUCUUUUUGGGUCUGGGCAAUCUCUUUUCUAUUCUUUAUGUUUCUUCUGAUUUAUGUUCUUUUAAUUGAAUUUCCAGCCCAAGUUACUUAUAUUGAAUGGCUUAUUUUUGCUUAUGUUUUGGCUUUGGGAAUGGAACAUUUUAGGAAGCUUCUCAUACUCGAAGCUUCUUCCAUAUUAGAGAAAAUUAAAAUUUUCUACAGUAAAUAUUGGAAUAUGUUAACUACAGUAGCCAUUUUAUCUUAUUUUGUUGGUUUUGCUUUUCGUUUUGACCCUGUUAGAGUACACAGUCACAGCAGAGUGAUUUUGGCUGUUAAUUCGGUUCUCUGGCAUAUGAAAACUUUUGAUUACAUGUCUGUACACCCCCGAAUUGGGCCUUAUAUUACCAUGGCUGGCAAAAUGGUUCUAGCAAUGUCUUAUAUUAUUGCUUUAUUAAUGGUUACUCUAAUGGCUUUUGGUGUAGCCCGCCAGUCAAUAACUUUUCCACAUGAAAAAUGGUCGUGGAUACUUGUGCGAAAUAUUUUUUACAAACCUUAUUUUAUGCUUUAUGGAGAAGUAUAUGCCGGAGAGAUUGAUACUUGUGGAGAUGAAGGUACAAAUUGUGUUCCUGGUCACUGGAUUCCUCCAAUUUUAAUGACUGUAUUUCUUCUAAUUGCAAAUAUUUUACUUAUAAAUAUGCUUAUUGCUAUAUUUAAUAAUAUAUUUAAUGUAACAAAUGCAAUGUCUAGACAAGUAUGGAUGUUUCAAAGAUAUGGACAAGUUUUGGAAUACAAAUCAACACCAGUUUUACCUCCUCCAUUUACUCCAAUAGCUCAUAUUUUUAUGUUAUUUAGAAGGAUUUGUAAGUCCAGAAUGUUAUGUCCAUUUCACUAUGAUGAACAACAACACAAAUCAACCAAUUUGAACGAAUUCCAACUAAGAACGGAUGAACUUAGAGACUUGCAAGACUUUGAAGAAGAUUGUAUGGAUGAUUUGGCAAGAAGGAAAUUCCGGUUAAAAGACAAUAAUUGUCCGGAAAGACGUCGAAAUUCUGAUCGCCACUGUUUUUCUGAUUUUUCCUCUUCUUGUAAUCGCGAAUUACUUAUACAACUUCAAGAAAUGCAGGCUAAAAUAGACAAACUGGAACAAAAACAUGAAAAAUUAUUUGGAAAAUUUGUGGAACGUCAAAAUAAAAAAUGCCAACAACUAGUGACCGAAAAUCAUGAAAAAAAGUUAAAUAAAAAAGAGGAAAAAUUAAAUAAUAAAAAAGAAAUACCCAAAGCUAAAGUAUUUCCAAUGACUUUAAAUAAUGAGGAAUUAAAUGUUUCGGAAGAAGAACACCAAAUUAGCAUUCCUCAAAUUUUAAUUCCGGAAGAGGAGGAAGAUAGAGAGGGAAGUUCAGACUCUUCUGGGCAUUCUAAUCAGUCUUAUGAAAAUGAAGAGAAUUUAGCAGGAGGGAUGGAAAUUGGAAGAGAAAAUGAAGGAAAUAAUGGGCAACAACAACCACAACAAGGACAUUUAAAUAUUAUUGAUGAUAACCGACAGCGAAAUUAUUCUGUUUCGUUAAGUGAGGAUUUGGAACAAAUGUUUGGGAUGUUAAAAAUGUGA